AUGGGCGUUGGACAUGCGCUGAAAUUGAAGAAGCUGACUCCUAAAUUUAUUGGUCCAUAUAAGAUUUUUCAAAUAAUUGACGUUGUUGCUUGUAAAGUGGCCUUACCACCCGAUAUUUUGAAUUUACAUGACAUGUUCCAUGUAUCAAAAUUUCAGAAGUAUAUUCAUGAUCCAUCUCAUGUGAUUAGGAUUGAUGAUAUGCAAGUGAUGGACAACCUUACGGUAAAAGCAUUGCCCGUGAGAAUUGAGGAUCAUAAAUUGAAGAACCUGAGAGGCAAAGAGAUUGCUCUAGUGAACAUUGUUUGGGGAGGAGUAGCUGGAGAAAAUAUGAUUUGGGAGCUGGAGAUCCGUAUGCGGGAAACCUACCCAGAAUUGUUCGCGUCAGGGAGACCCUUAAGUGUAGUACACCAACCUUAUAAAUUAGAAUUGAAGGUGUUGAGAGAGUGUGAGGAAAAAGGUAGAGAUAUGGGGGUGGUGGGAGAAAAUAUAGCUGGCAAGAAUGAUGGUGCUAUUGCUUCCGCCUUGUAA